UUUUUUAUAGUUGUUACAGCACUUGCUCUAUGUGGCAGUGCAAUGUCGGAUUGGCCAUAUCCUGCAGCAGUACCAAUUGUAAAAUCUGGCCCAUACCCUCCGGCUAUUCCAGUUACUGAAAAAGCUCCACUAGCUCCAUACCCUCCAGCAGUUCCAGUUACUGAAGAAGCUCCUUUGGCUCCGUACCCUCCAGCUAUUCCAGUUACUGAAAAAGCUCCAUUGGCUCCAUAUCCUCCAGCUAUUCCAGUUACUGAAAAAGCUCCAUUGGCUCCAUACCCCCCCGCAGUUCCAGUUACUGAAGAUGCUCCUUUGGCGCCAUACCCGCCCGCUAUUCCAGUUACUGAAAAGGCUCCGUUGGCUCCAUACCCUCCAGCAGUUCCAGUAACUGAGGAAGCUCCUUUGGCGCCAUACCCCCCAGCAGUUCCAGUUACUGAAAAGGCUCCAUUAGCUCCAUACCCCCCAGCAGCUCCAGUUACAGAAGAAGCUCCUUUGGCGCCAUAUCCUCCAGCUAUUCCAGUUACUGAAAAGGCUCCAUUGGCUCCAUACCCUCCAGCAGUUCCAGUUACUGAAGAAGUUCCUUUGGCGCCAUACCCUCCAGCUAUUCCAGUUACUGAAAAGGCUCCAUUGGCUCCAUACCCUCCAGCAGUUCCAGUUACUGAAGAAGCUCCUUUGGCGCCAUACCCUCCAGCUAUUCCAGUUACUGAAAAGGCUCCAUUGGCUCCAUACCCUCCAGCAGUUCCAGUUACUGAAGAAGCUCCUUUGGCUCCAUACCCUCCAGCAAUUCCAGUUACUGAAGAAGUUCCUUUGGCGCCAUACCCUCCAGCUAUUCCAGUUACUGAAAAGGCUCCAUUGGCUCCAUACCUUUCAGCAGUUCCAGCUACUGAAGAAGCUCCAUUGGCUCCAUACCCUCCAGCAGUUCCAGUUACUGAAGAAGCUCCAUUGGCUCCAUACCCUCCAGCUAUUCCAGUUACUGAAGAAGCUGCAUUGGCUCCGUACCCACCAGCAAUUCCAGUUACAGAAAAAGCUCCAUUAGCUCCGUAUCCCCCCGCUGUUCCAGUUACAGAAAAAGCUCCAUUGACCCCGUAUCCCCCAGCAGUUCCAGUUACUGAAAAAGCACCAUUGGCUCCGUACCCACCAGCAGUUCCUGUUACAGAAAAAGUUCCAUUGGCUCCAUACCCUCCAGCUGUUCCAAUUACAGAAAAAGGUCCACUUGCUCCAUAUCCCCCUGCAGCUCCAGUUGUAAAGGAAGUUCCAUUGGCUCCAUAUCCUGCUGCAGUUCCAGUUGUUAAGAUGGUACCGACAGGACCUUAUCCUCCCGCAUUAUACUAAGAUACAGUUAUUAUGUUAAAUGCUUUUGUAAAUAGGUUGUAAAAGGAAUGAUUGUUAAAAGUGUUAUUAAUUAAUAAAUAUAGAAUUAAAUUAGAAAAUUUUUAUGAAUAUUUUUUUCAUUAAAAAUUUAAAAAACUUAUCCA